AUGAGCUCCUUUGAAAAAAAGGCCGCCAACGAAAAGAACGCCGAGUUUGAGGACCACCAUCAUGUGGAGGUUAGCGACGAGCUGUCUCCCGAGCUCGAGGCACUGCUGAAGACGGAGCCAUUAAAUGGCCUGUCCGAUGUGGAGGUUGCCGAGCGCAUAGCGCAGUUCGGCAAAAACGAGAUUACCGAAAAAAAGACCAACCCGUUUUUAAAGUUUCUGUCCUACUUCACGGGUGCCAUUGCCUACCUCAUCGAGCUGGCAUUCAUUCUGUCAGGCGUUGUUGAGGACUGGGUUGACUUUGGCAUUAUCGGCGCAUUGCUCGUCAUCAACGCUUUGAUUGGCUUUAUCGAGGAGUCCAAGGCUGACGCGGCCUUGGACGCGCUCAAGAACACCCUGGCGCUCAAGUCGCGCGUGUACCGCGAUGGCAAGCUGGUCGAGGUUGAGUCAAGCACGCUUGUUCCGGGCGACAUCAUUGCAGUGCGGCUGGGCGAUAUUGUCCCGGCCGACGCGCGGCUGCUGGGCAUCAGCGUUGAUGGGUCUGACUCGGAAGUCAACCUGCAGAUUGACCAGUCGGCGCUGACCGGCGAGUCGUUGCCAGUCGAAAAGAGGAAGGGUGACACAAUCUAUUCGUCGUCAAUUUGCAAGCAAGGCCAAAUGCUGGCGGUCGUCACAAAGACCGGCGCCAACACGUUCAUUGGGCGCGCAGCCAACCUCAUCUCGAUUACAAACGAACAGGGCCACUUCCAGAAAAUUGUCAACCAGAUCGGAAACUUUUUGGUUGCUAUCACGCUGACAAUGGUCGUCAUCAUUUUCAUCUAUCUUCUUGUGCGGCGCAAGAGCGAGGUCGACAGGCUGAGAAAAAAGGACGUGUUUGAUGUCCUGCGCGAUGUGCUGGUGCUGACGGUUGCUGCUAUUCCUGUCGGUCUCCCCACAGUCAUGUCGGUCACCAUGGCUGUUGGCGCCAAGCAGCUCGCAGCCAAGCAGGUAAUUGUCAAGCGACUGACUGCCGUCGAGGAGAUGGCUUCAGUGUCAGUGCUGUGCAGCGACAAAACUGGCACACUCACACUCAACAAGCUUACAUUUGACGAGCCAUACCUCAAGCCAGGAUUCACCAAGGAGGACCUCCUGCUGUAUUCAUACCUGGCCUCGGAGCCCGGUGCCAACGACCCCAUUGAGAUGGCUGUGCGCACGGCCGCCAAGCGCGAUGUGCCACUUCUUUCCGAGUGCACGGGUCACAUAAUUCCUGGAUUCAAGGUAACGUCGUUCCUGCCGUUCAACCCGUCAACUAAGCUGACACAGGCAACUGUCAUCGACCAUCAUGCCAACGAGACAUUCAAGGUGGCCAAGGGCGCGCCUCAGGUCAUAGUCAAGCUUGUCGGCGGCGACAACGAAGCCACGCAUGCUGUAAACCUGCUCGCACGCCGCGGUCUGCGCGCUCUUGGAGUUGCACGCACAGUGCCAGGCACACUUGACUCGUGGCAGCUCAUUGGCAUGAUUUCGCUGCUUGACCCACCGCGCCCCGACUCAGCCGAGACAAUCCGCCGCUGCGAGGAGAUGGGUGUUGUCGUCAAGAUGGUGACAGGCGAUCAGCUCAUUAUUGCCAAGGAAGUGGCCGCGCGCCUGGGAAUGAACCGCGCCAUUCUCGACGCAAGCAGCUUGACCGACCCGGAUGCUACCGAUGAGCAGCUGGCCGACCGCUGUUUGCACGCAGAUGGGUUUGCGCAGGUCAUUCCCGAACACAAGUACCGUGUCGUCGAGCUACUCCAGUCAAAGGGGUUGCUUGUUGGCAUGACUGGCGACGGCGUUAACGACGCGCCUGCGCUCAAGAAGGCCAACGUCGGCAUUGCUGUUCAUGACUGUACCGACGCCGCUCGCUCGGCAGCCGAUAUAGUGCUUUUGGCGCCAGGCCUUUCGACAAUUGUUGACGGCAUUCUCACCUCGCGCGCCAUCUUUCAGCGCAUGCGCUCGUACGCGCUGUACCGAAUCACGUCCACAGUGCACUUCCUGAUUUUCUUUUUUAUCAUCACACUGGCAUUCCGCUGGCAAAUGAAGGCCGUUCUGCUCAUCUUCAUUGCUGUGCUCAACGACGCUGCGACUCUUGUAAUCUCGGUCGACAACGCCCAGAUUUCACGCCGUCCCGACAAGUGGCGCAUUGGCCAGCUCAUCACAAUGUCUGUGAUCCUGGGCUGCUUCCUGACUGCGCUCUCAUUUGCAGUGUUUUUUGUUGCCCGCGACGUCUUCAACAUUCCGUCCGACGCCGACAAGCAGUCCGACGACGAAACCAAGGACGGCCGCAUGGAGACCAUCAUCUACCUCAAUGUGUCCUCUGCCCCGCAUUUUACAAUCUUUUCAACUCGUUUGGCCGGUUUCUUCUGGGAGAACCUGCCCUCGCUGACGUUCACUGCCGCCAUUCUGGCCACGCAGGUCUUUGCCAUGCUCAUAUCGAUCUUUGGCAUCAACAAGCUGACGACCUCCAUCGGCGCUGGCUGGGGUAUUUCACUGAUCGCCGUCUCGCUGGCCUACUUUGUCGUUCUUGAUGCCAUCAAGGUCUUUAUUUUCCGUAUCUGGAGCUUUGAGCUCACUGUCAAGCUGUGGCCCACACGCGCCCGCAAGGAUCAGUUGCGCCACAGGAAGGAGCGCCGGGUUACAGAAGAGCGUGUCCAAGGCAAUGUUGCCAAGCUGCGCAGAAUCUCCAAGGCCAUUUAUGCGGUCAGCGCGUUCAAGAAGGCUGGUCAAAAUACCGCUCGUUGA